AUGCUCCAAGGCCCCGAGCAUCCUUCAAUUACAGCGGUGCCCGCCCUUGACAGUCGAGAUCCAUCCUCCAUAACAUCAUCAUCCGUCGAGGUCGCAGAGGGUCAGCAGCCCUACGAUGAUUGCCAGGUUUCCCACGAGGACCCCCCUGCAAGUUCGUUGACACAGAGCUCCGAUUUAUUAUCCCCACUGUCCCUCAAACAACCCCCCUCUUCUCAUCGCCGGGCGAACACCGAAAUCCUACCACGACAGACCCCUCUGCCAUCCAAGCAACUCUUCGUGGACCAGUCAAAAACGUUCGAAGAUUUAGAACCCCACGGCAAGCUAUCGAACCCGCCGACCGAAAACAUCGCCAAAAAGAAACUGGGAGACGGCGCGAAGCUAUUCUCUGGUUGGUUCCAAGGAAAGUCGGAGCCAGUGAACUUGGGAGCUCUGAGGCAACAAAAAGACGAGCCAGCCAGAAUGGUGUCCACCCAGGAACCCACGGGGUUUGGAUCUCCAACCUCUUCACCCAUGAGUCGAGCACAGAAACGAAUGACGCCAACCUCCCCAUUGAAACAGGUUACUUCAACAAACCGAUUCUCCUUCUUCGGGUUGAAGCGUCAGGAAGAAAGUAAAUCGGACGUCCCCGAGCCCGCAGAUGACGAUUUAUUGAACCUGGAUAUCACCGCCGCGCUGUUCCCGCCAGGUUCCAACGACCUCAACGAUAAGGAAGCGUUCGAUGCCUUGCGGAACAACGCAGGCGAUGUGAUUCGACGACUGCAGUCGGCCUACAAGCAAAGGACUUUUGCCUUGCACGAGGCUAUGGCAGACAAAAACGAGAAGCAGGAGGAACUCGAAGAAACGCGCACGCGCGUCGGACACUUGAAGAUCCAACUGGAUGGAAUGGCAGAAAAGGUUCUUCAGCAAGAAAAGGCCAUGAAAGCGAUGGCCGAGGAGCUCGAAAACGAAAGACAACUGCGUCAGAGAGAGGAUGAGGCACGCCAUCGCAGUAUAUUGCUUGUGAGACCUACCGACGACGACCUCUCCGAUGCGGGAAGCGAGCUCCAAACUCCUAAGAGAAGUCUGAAACGUGCCAGCAAUGGCACGUACACAAGCGAUUCUGGCUUUGAGUCCGGCGAUGAAAGUCUAGCUGAGAGUGUGUUCUCCCGUCGGGAUGGUCUUGAAUCACCCGCUUCCACAAUCGCACCGUCCCCGAGUAUGUCUCAAAUCGCGUUGCCAACACCAGCGGCCACCCAUCUGCAGGCAAGUCAGAAGGAAACUAAAUCUGCACCUGCACCUGCACCCACACCCACGCGUCCAUCGACGUAUGACCGCGUCCUGAAGGGACUUGCGUCGACCAGUAUUGGUAGCUCCUGGAGGGGCAACUCUUCCAAGUGCAACAUUUGCUACGGUGUGCCAGCCUCCGAGGCUUGGAGCGUCAUGGGUGUUCUGAAGGAGGAAAAUCAAGGUCUGAAAGGACGUCUAGGCGAACUUGAAAUGGUCAUCGACGAUUGUCUCGGUCUCGUUGGCCCACGACCAUCGAACGAAGGUACAUAUAUAAAAGCUACAUACGGAUAUGUGGAACUGGGUGGAAGCAAAGAUACCAAGGAACAGAUUGCUGGUUGGACUUGUCCCCUGGAGGAAUAA